AUGAGUCUUUUAUCUUUUCAAAUUAUCAUCGCAUUUUUAUUUUUGGGUUUCGAAAAUUCCUUUUUAAAUGGCUUUAUUUUGCCUCAACAUUUUUACACUAAAAAUUUUCCAUAUUUUUUGGGUAAUUCUUACAAAUUUGGCCGAUCUCACCUUCCUUACUUGGAAUCUCACAAUGUGGUUAAUUCCGAAUUGCUCGGAAUUUUAAAUGAAAGGUCCCAUAAUAAGAUCAAGGACACACUAGCAAUUCCUGAUAAAUAUGGAUUGCAGUCCAAAAUAUCUUCUGGUUUAUACGCCGUCUUACCUUUGGGUAACCGGGUUUUUGAGCGAUUAAAACGUAUCAUAAGGGUCGAAAUGGCCAAAUUGAAUGCAGUUGAACUAACCUUCCCAAUUUUACAGCCCGAAUUAAUACUGGAAGAUAAAUUAAAAUCGUUUGGUUCCGAAUUAUUCUCUCUAAAGGACCGAGAUAAGCAGAAAUACUACCUCAGUCCCAGCUGUGAGGAUUUAUCUUGUAUUCUUAUCAAAAAGGAGAACUUCCCGCUCUCCAAAUCUUAUUUGCCCAUUAUUCUUUACCAAAUUAACGCAAAAUUUCGUGAUGAACUCAGGGUUAGUGAAUCAUUCUGUCGGAGCAAGGAAUUUUUAAUGUUUGAUGCAUAUUCUUUCCAUUCUAACAAAAACUGCUCCAGUGUGUACUAUACAUUGUUUUUAGAAUCGUUUAAAAAUAUGUUAGAUCUCAUGAAGUUGAAGUACAGAGUCGAGGAAAGGUCCGAAGACGGCGUCGAGAGUCACGAGCUCAGGGUGGUUUUGGGUGGCCCUAACUCCGAAAACGAUACUGAUUCUGAUACUCUGGAGGUUGCACACCUGUUUAAAUUCGACACUUCUUAUUCCCAAAAGAACGAUUUGAGGUAUGAAACUACUGAUAGACUAAGGGAAGACGUAUACAUGAAUUCGUAUGGAAUUGGACUUAAUAGGCUGUUGACUGCACUCGUUAAAAACUUCUCAAAUGAGGUUGGAUUAAAAUUUCCACAGGUUGUAGCACCCUAUGAUUUAACUAUUAUUUCUUGCAAUCAAGAAACUGACGAGUUAUCCAGCCUGCUGAAGAGGGGUUUAAUUAGGAAGGGCCUUUCGGUUCUGCUCGACGACAGAGAUGAGACCAUAAAAAAGAAAGUCUUGGAUUCAAAGCGCAUAGGAAUCCCACACAUGAUACUCUUGUCGCCCAAAUUCCAAAGAAUGAAACCUAACAAAAUACACAUGGAAUUAUGGGAGGAGAUAAACAAGAAUUCGAGGAUUUCUAACUACUAUAAUUUAAAUCAAUCGCCCGAAAGUUUGAUUUACAAGAAGGAUACUGUAAAUUUAUCUAAUUAUAUGGAUACAGCUGUAGAAUAUCACCCGAUCUUAUCGGAGAACAGUUAUAUAAUAAAAUUGCGAGAUUUACUUAAAUUACUCAAUGUUUCUUAA